CCAGCUGGGGUGAACUUCUAUCUUUGACAAUUCAUGGAAAAUGAGCCAUCGGUUGUUAUAAAAAUUUGAGCUGGACUGCAAUUCUCUCUUUGUCCCAUAUUCACAACCAAUGAAAAAUGAACCUGGGAUUAUGUUAAUGUGAAUGGUAGUAAUAAUAAAGUUGAGCUGGGAUGCAAUUUUAUCUUUGCCCCACAUUGACAAUUCAUGGAAAAUGAGCCAUGGCCUCCUAUAAAUACCAGAUCUGAAAGAGGGGAAUGCCAAAGAGAAAAGCCCUUCUUAUUCAAUGAUAUAAGCCAGAUUGAGGGUCUAAUUCCGGUUUUAGAGGAGCUAUUGAAGAUCGCGUCGGGAGAGAGGAGUGAUGGAGGAUCUAAUACAGCGGCAGCUUCUUAUAUCCAUGAUGCCCAAAGAAUCCUGGAGAUGCUAGAUACACGCAUUGGCAAGCGUCCUGUAACGAAAAAUCCUACGGAUAGCGUAAUUGAAGAGAUUGAAAAAGUUUGUAUAGAAGUGCUCAAAGGCUCGGAGAAAAUUCCUAAAGUAGGAAUGGCACUUUGUAUGUUGGGAUCUGUAUUGGAGAGAUUUAGUAAGAUGUCUGACAACAAGAGUGAGUACCUUGUAGUUUUGAAAAGGAUGCUUAAUCUUGGGAAGCAAAUUCUGCAGUUGAAUGAGCAAAUUCCAGAGCAGAAGCAGAAACUAAUUGAGGGAAUUCAGUGCAUUGUUGAAGGAAGUAUCAUGUGCAUCUCCCAACUUGCAAGAGCCAACAUUUUCAGUGAAUGCCGAUACUUUAAAGGCUUUUCAACUCAAAGUAGACCACUUGUAUGAUGACAUCCAAUUAUCGACUACAAUUGCAAUAGGGGAAAGAGUAACUGACAUUGGGGACAGAGUGCCCAAGAUUGCUUCACAAUCUCGGAAAAUCUAUGCAUACCAACCCAGAGUUGGAAUUGAGAGGGCACAGGAAAGAGUAAUUCAGCUUCUUGAUUUGAAUGCACAAGUCCCAAUACCAAUUGUUGUGGUUGUCUAUGGUUUCGGUGGGAUUGGGAAGACCACACUCGCUGAUGCCGUUUAUGCCUACCUCAACCUCCAAUCUUAUAAGUAUUGCAGAAUUCAUAUGAAUCAAGAUUGUACCUACAAUGAUCUGAAGGGCCUCCAGCAACAGAUUUUGUAUGGAUUGUUCCAAGAGAACUUGCAAUUGAAUAACUGUGACGAAGGCCAGGGAAUUUUGCAUUCAUUUUGCACAAAGAAUUCAAAUCAACCUUUAUUUCUAUACAUUGACAACGGUCUCAAAAGUACAGAUCUCGAGCAACUUCUACCUAAAGGCUUGGGCAAUUGCCUUCCACCGAAGAGUAGAAUACUUGUCACUACUCGAAAUCUCCAUGAGACAGACAUAUUUGUCGGCAGGGAUAUUCAACGCCGACAAUAUGAUGUGAAUCCUCUUCCAGAGACGGAGGCUAGAAAACUUUUGUUGGACAAAGUUUCAGACUACAAUGAUGAAAAUAAUAUAGCCAACCUCCUUAAGCUGUGUGGUGGUGUUCCGCUUCUACUAGAAUUAGCUGGUUCACAAUUGGCUAUAAACAGGGGAAAUACGAAGAAUAUAGUGUUAGAGAUGCUUAAAGAAGGAGACAAGGUCAAGGAGAGAGAUAUAAGUGACCGCAUGGUUGGUUUAGUGUAUGAUAGACUCUUGGAACCAGUUCAACAGGCCUUUUUAGAUAUCGCAUCCUUCUUUUAUAAAUAUUGGAGUAGUGAGUAUGUGGCCUACAUAGUUGGAGAGGAUGAAUUCAGAGGUCUAGAAGCUGCGUCAUUCGUCAAGACAGAUGAAUACGGUAGUGUGAUUGUUCAUGACAUAGUUCGAGCAAGAGGAAAAAAGUUGUCAGAGCAAGAGGGAAACAUAAUCACAGACCCUGAGACUUUAUUGGAGUGUUUGAAAAAUGAAGAGAAACUCAAAAAAUUAAAAGGCAUUUAUUUUGGUGAAGAACGUGAACAUCCAAUCGAAAUUAAUUGCCAUCAUCUUAAUUGUAUGAGCAAUUCGUUAAGAGUGUUAUAUUAUAAUCAAUCACAAAUAAUAUUCAGGGACAAAUGUCAUAAACCAUUUGAACAACUCAGAUGCCUUUGGAUUAGUGGUGAUGUUCCUGAUUUACCAAUGGAGUUUGAGAAACUUGAGCAUCUCGCCUGCUACAAUGGCCCAUUGACGCAAGGCAUGCGUUUGUAUGAGGUAAGAUCUGUCUUCUCCAGAGCAUAUUUAUCGUUUCAAUUAGAUUUCGUUAUUUUAUAUAAGAUAAUAACACUUGACAACCUUUUUCAUAAUUAUUGUGCAAAUA